UACGAGAGCACGGGGCCGGCGCUGUGCACCGUGGUCUUCCUGCUCGUCUACUUCUUCGGCAUGGCCAGCUCCAUCUGGUGGGUCAUUCUCUCCCUCACCUGGUUCCUGGCCGCCGGCAUGAAGUGGGGUAACGAGGCCAUCGCCGGCUACGCGCAGUACUUCCACCUGGCCGCCUGGCUGCUCCCCAGCGUCAAGUCCAUCGCCGUGCUGGCGCUCAGCUCUGUGGACGGCGACCCGGUGGCCGGCAUCUGCUACGUGGGCAACCAGAGCCUUGAGAACCUGCGGGGCUUCGUGCUGGCGCCGCUGCUCAUCUACCUGGCCAUCGGCUCCAUGUUUCUGCUCGCCGGCUUCGUCUCGCUCUUCCGCAUCCGCAGCGUCAUCAAGCAGCAGGGCGGCCCCACCAAGACCCACAAGCUGGAGAAGCUGAUGAUACGCCUGGGCCUCUUCACCGUGCUUUACACCGUGCCGGCCGCCAGCGUGGUCGCCUGCCUCUUUUACGAGCAGCACAACCGACCCCGCUGGGAGGCCACGCACAACUGCCCCUGUCUGCGCGACCAGCAGCCCGACCAGGCCCGCCGACCUGACUACGCCGUCUUCAUGCUCAAGUACUUCAUGUGCCUGGUGGUGGGCAUCACCUCCGGCGUCUGGGUCUGGUCCGGCAAGACCCUCGAGUCCUGGAGGGCCCUGUGCACCCGCUGCUGCUGGGCCAGCAAAGGUGCUGCCGUGGCCGGGGUUGCCGGAGCUGGAGCGGGCGGGCAGGCUGCCAUCGCUGCUGCUGGAGGACUUGGGGCCGGUGGAGGCGGCUCCCUGUACAGCGAUGUCAGCACCGGCCUGACGUGGAGGUCUGGCACUGCCAGCUCUGUCUCCUACCCCAAGCAGAUGCCUCUGUCUCAAGUGUGAGGAGCGGGAAAAGAGGCCAUAGGUUAGAGAAUGAGGGACACUGGCCUGCCUGAAAUGCCCCCUCGCUGUUUGGUGCCAUUAAUGAACCACUAAUGGUCCUUAUUAGCCACAGCUUGUAUAGAACAAUGCAGCUGGCAGAGGCCCCAGGCUCCAGCCCCCUCCUCCUUCCCCUCCAUUCAUAUGCAGGGAGCAUGUACUUCAAGGAGGCAGCAUAUUAUUUUGCUGGCAGAGGAGGGCAGGGGCUCACCCGUGUCUUGCAGAGGGCAAGGCAGAGCGGCUCCUGAUUUACUCUGGACUUAUCAGCAGCUCGUGGGAGGGAGAAGAUUCCUCCCCCAUCCCAAAGCGGGAGUCUGCUGGAACUACAGGUUUUUGGGAUAUCAAUGACCAGGCAAAUGCCUUAUAACACAGACUGAAUCAAAACAUGUCUUAAUUAUACACCCCAGCUAAAUACGGGUUUCCUACAUUAAAGGAUGUAUUUAUAUAAUUAUUUGUUACCUUGUACAGAUGUGUAAAAUAUGUAUAUAUCCAAAGCUAUACAGUCUGUAAAUUUUUUUGUAAAAAAGUUUAGAGGCUACCCCUGUAAGAGCAAAUAUGAGUAUUCUAUUUUGUCAAUAAAAUGACUUUUGAUAAAUGA